UGAUGUUUGACAAGGGUGCCAAGAUUAUUCAAUGAGGAAAAGUCUUCUCGACAAGUUGUCUUGGAAAAAGUGGAUAUCUACUUGCAAAAAAUCAACUUGGACCCUUACCUAACACCACAUACAAAGCUUAAUUCCCAGUAAAUCAAAGACCUAAAUCUCCAGCGCCAGCUACAGAGCUCCAGCCAGCAGCAGAAGCAGAGCAGUGGGCAGUGGUGGAGGUAGAGCUGGCUCCAGCUCUGUUGACAUCACCCCUUCUAGCGCUGGAGCCAGCGUCCCCUCUAUCAGCAGUGUUGGCUCUGGAGCAAGGGCCAACAUCGGCUCCAGCAGGAGUGAGAACUGCUGAGCUGGAGUCACCUGGACCAUCAUUUCUAGUGGGAAGUCCAUCUCCACCUGUGCUUGUUAAGCAGCGUGAGAAGAAGCCUAACAUCAUGGCCUUCCCUCCUAAGCUGGUGGUGGAGCAGUUGACCGUGAUGGAUGCGGAGCUUUUCCGGAAGGUGUUGCCCUCUCAGUGCCUGGUCUCCACCUGGGGCAAGAGGAACAAGCCCAGCAAUGAGCACCUGGCACCCACUCUCCAGGCCACCCUCGACCACAUCAGAAGGGUGGCCAGCCUCGUCAUCACCCCCUGCCUCGGGGACCCGAGCAUGAGGGUGCCGGACAGGGCUAGGGUGGUGGAGCACUGGAUCCAGGUGGCCCAGGAGUGCAAGAUCCUGAAGAACUUCUCCUCGCCCUGCACUGUCAUCUCUGCUCUGCAGAAAACCUCCACAAACCACCUGAAGAACACACAGCGGAAGUUUCCUUGGAGAUCCCUGAAAAACUUAAGAAGCGCUAUAGCCAAGACAAGUCCUUGAGCAGAGAACUGAUGACCAAGGUAAAGUGGAGGCUAGGGGACUGGAAAGAGAGGAGGAGUAGGGGGAGAGGGACUGAGCAGG